AUGGUUUGCAUGCAAAUACGGGGAACUCCUGCAGUGAUCUCAAUUUACGUCAAUGGCGCAAGCUGGAAUUCAUGCAAUAAUCCUGAAAAUGGUAGUCAAGCCAAUGAGCUGAUAGUGGAUGAUGAAGAUGAAGACGAUAAUAUAUUACCGUUGCGCCUGUUUAACAAUGAUGAUCUCGAUAACAUAAAUUUCCAUCCUGAACUAUAUCGAUUUGAUACCAUUGAUGGCGUAACGGGCAAGGCGAUCGCCAAAUUCCCAAGUUUUAGGGUUGGCGAUGAUCUCUAUCUACUAGUGGUGGAUGAAAACAACAAAACGCAGCAUAUUUCUCGAGAUGGGUUAGUAACAGUGCUCGAUAAAGCCGAAGAAAUGGAUUGCUCACAUGUUUUUGUUGUAUUUCCGUCACAAUCUGAAGAUAGAGAUACGCUCAUUAAGAUAUUCAUGUAUGUUGGAUUCCACGUGGUACUCCCUGGACGAAUGGGCACACCCAGUAACCCGUCAUUUAUAUAUAUGUGCCUUGAAAUCGAGAAAUUUGAUGAUGAUGAUGAUUGACAAUAAGAAUACUGGACAGCA